AUGGACAAUGCUGUUGUUAAAUCAACGAUUCCCUCUUCGAAUCUAUCGGAAAUAAUCUCCAGAUUCGCUAAAGUCUGCAAAUUUAGAUCCGUUGGUGUGUUCCCUGACCAAAAUGAAGUAGAAAUCUUGGGAGAUGAAGCCAACGAAACGGAAAUACUCGAUAUCAAUCACAAACCCUCGAGAAGAAAGGUUCGAAAUUUUCGCUGGGAUGAUGAGAUUUCGAAGCUGUUCGACAUUGUUUCAGCGCUUAAACUCGCGUACCUCGAGUUUCAACAAGCUCAUCUGCCUUAUGAUCCAGACAAGAUCAUAGAAGCAGACAACGUCGUUGUCUCUCAGCUCGAGGCCUUACGCAAAAUCAAGCGUCUCUUCUUCAAACACGCGAGAAACGAGCUUAACGCCGCUGAUGCUUCUUCUUGUUUGAAUCGACUGAGAGAUGAAAUCGAAGUGAAUGAGAAGCGAUUGGAGAAAGUCAAGGCGCAAGUGAAAGCGAAACAGAGCGAGAUUCAGUCUCUGAAGGAGAAACUAGACUGUUUGGUUGCAGAGAAUAGGAGGAGGAUUGUGAGUGUUUCUUCGUUUGAAUUCGCGUUUAGAGCUGCUUCUAAGUCGAUCCACGACUUUGCAAAGCCACUGAUCACUCUGAUGAAAGCUACAGACUGGAAUUUGGAGAAAGCAGUGGAUGCGAUUGCUGGUGGAAAUGUAAAAUACGCUAAAAACUCUGAUAAGAAGUAUGCUUUUGAGUCAUACAUUGUUAGGAGAAUGUUUCACGACAUAAAGCUUAAACCUUGCGAUGUGUCGGAGCUAAUGAGUUCCGAUGAUCCGUUGGACGCGUUAACAGCGUUUCCAGAUUCCGCGUUUUCGAGAUUCUGCGGUCGGAAGUAUCUUUCAGUUGUUCAUCCUUCAAUGGAGGCUUCUUUCUUUGGGAAUUUGGAUAUGAGGGGGUUAGUUUUGCUCGAUAAGCAUCCAAGAACUGUGUUUUAUCGGAUCUUUGCGAGAAUGGCGAAGUGGGUUUGGAUUCUUGGAUCGUUUGCAGCUUCUUUGGAUGUUAAAGCUAAGAUCUUUGUGGUCAGAGGAGGAACAAGGUUCUCAGGUGUCUACAUGGAAUCUGUAGUGUGUGAUGAUGAACAAGAAGAAGGACAAGGAGAUUUAAGAGCUGAGUUCAUGACAAUGCCAGGGUUUAAGAUUGGAGAUUCAGUGAUUAAAUCUCAGGUUUAUCUUUCUAAAUCAAAUGGGUAUAAGUAA